AUGUCUAUAGCGGCCACCGCUAGAGGCGGUAUCGCCCUGGCCAAGACAACCAGCUCCAGAGGGAUCUGCACGAUCUGUUAUGCCCAACAUCGGGCGGUCCCUUCUUCCUCCCGCGUGACCCUCUCGAUCCCUCAUCCCUCUCGACCCUUCAGCUCGACCGGCCCGGCCCUGCGUCUCCCACCAACGUCAAAGUCGGGCAGUGUAGGUGCUACUCGUCAGCCCAUCAGUUUCAAACGGGGCGGCCACCCAGCUGCGGGAGGUGGAAGAGGGGGACGAGCUGGGGGAAGGGCGGGCUUCACUCCACCCCGAUUGUCCCCGCAGGACUAUACGGUCCAGCCCCCUCCUGGCGCACUGGCCGUCUCCAAGGCCCUCCUGGGUCGGAUCAGCGAAUGGGUCGUGUCGGACCGUACUGCAUCCCGUCUCUCGGCAUACGGGCUCACGCCCGCUCAGACCCGGUCUGCUUUAGGGGAAUGGCACAAUAUCGUGCAAAGGGAGUUGGUACGGUGUAGGACGGACGAGGAUGCUUUCUCUGCCUUGACGGCUGGAGGGUGGGACAUUCCCCGUCUUUCUGACGGACUGGCCACGGAAGACUGGGUGCCGGUAUUCGAAUCCUCGCUCCAUCGUCAUUUCCUCUCUUACCUCGUCUCCCACCCCUCCCCCUCCCCCUCUUCCAUACCCGCAUCGACGAUCGCCCACCUCACUUCCAUCCUCUCGACAACGGACCUGACCCGGCUGGCAUAUACCGGCCAGAACAUCGGCGCCCGGUCCCUCCAGCGGCACUUUCACCUGCACGUCGGGCCGACCAAUUCCGGCAAGACGUACUCUGCGCUCAAAGCGCUCGCUUUGGCCCCUACUGGCGUAUACGCCGGACCCCUCCGGCUGCUCGCGCACGAGGUCUGGGAGCGGCUCAAUCUCGGCACCGUAGGCGGGCUGGACGGGGUCGGGCGGGCCUGCAAUCUCCUCACAGGCGAAGAGAGGCGGAUCGUCUCGGACGACGCGGGCCUCGUUAGCUGUACGGUCGAGAUGCUGCCUUCGUGCGCGCCGUCCGGCGACCCGUUUGACGUGGUCGUCAUUGACGAAAUCCAGAUGAUGGGCGAUACCCAACGCGGGGGAUCAUGGACCGCCGCCGUGCUCGGCGUCAAGGCGAAAGAGGUACAUCUCUGCGGGGACGAUACGACCGUCAACCUCCUCUCGUCUCUCCUGCCCGGGCUCGGCGAUAAGAUGACGAUACAUCGGUAUGACCGCCUGACGCCGCUCGAGGUGGCGCAGGAGAGUCUGGAGGGCGAUUGGAGCAGAGUCCAGCCCGGGGAUUGUAUCGUCACGUUUAGCCGGACGAAUAUAUUUGCGGUCAAGAAGAUGGUGGAGGAGUUGGCGGGGAGAAAGUGUGCGGUGGUUUAUGGGGCACUGCCGCCUGAGACGAGGGCGGAGCAGGCCAGGGAGUUUAAUGAAGGGAGGGCAGAGGUGCUGGUGGCUAGUGAUGCGGUGGGAAUGGGGUUGAAUCUAAAAAUCAAACGCAUGAUCUUUGAAAGUCUGCACAAGUACAAUGGGAAAAUGGAAAUCCCACUCCCUCUCACCUCGGUCAAGCAAAUCGCCGGCCGAGCGGGUCGAUUUGGGAUGCACAAGAGCGUUCCUGCGCUGGAUGCGGAUCUCUCCUUGAGCGCCGACACCACCUCCACAACGUCCAUCGCCCCGGUAACCUCGUCCAGCCCCGGCGGAUCCGUCACCACCCUGCACGCCAUCGACCUCCCCAUCCUCACCCGCCUCCUCCCCCUCCCUCUCCCCCCUCUUCCCCGCGCAACCCUCGACACGCCCUUUGAAACACUCGCGGCCCUCUCCUCCCUCCUCCCUCCAUCCACAACCUACGCUUCCCUACUAGACCACACCUCCCUCCUCCUACUUCCGCCACCGCAUACGACCCUCGGCUCCCCGUCCCAUAAAUACCCCCUCGCGGACGUGGUCGAGGAACACCGGGACCGGUUGACACUCGCCGAAAUGGAGACGCUGUGUUUUUCGCCCGUCUCGGUCCGGGACCCCAUCGCGCUGGGCAUAUUCGAAAAGGUCGUGGCGGCGUAUGCGGAUGCGGGGUGCGUGGGCGUGCACGAGACGUUUGAGCCGAGUGGGCUCGUAGGGAUGCUGGAGGUCUGUGAGGAGGCUUUGGCGGCUUUGCCACCGACUAUCGACCCAUCCUCGACCUCGACCGCAGGCGGGAAUGGGAAACAGAGACGCCCAUUUGUCCCUCCGGUGCUUAUAAACUCUAUCCCGCGGCUCGAGACCUUGCACAAAUCCCUCGUCUUUUACAUCUGGCUAUCCUUCCGAUUCCCCAUUGCGUUCCCGGACCAGCCGAUCGCGCAGGCGAUCAAGUUCCGGACGGAGCGGGUGCUGGAGGAGUGUCUGGAGAGGCUGCCGGGGUUGAAGAAGCGGGCAUCGGCGAGCGUUAGCGCCAGCGCCAGCGCGGGCGGCGCUGUGGGGAGUAAGAAGGUCAGCAGGAAGGGCAAGGUGGAGAGACCGGCGCCGGCUGAAAGAGAAAAGGGGAAGCGGGUGGAGUAUCAGAGCAAGGAAGAGGGGGAUAGGAGGAGACGGAGGGAGACGUGGGGUGGGGUGGGGCUUGUGAGGUCUGCGAAUGCCAAUGCCAAUGCGGGGCAGAGGGCGGAGGCGUAG